AUGAUUGUCAACAGUCUGCUUGGUCGCUUUGUACUUUUAUCUUGCUUGCUUGGUCUGUUAUCUUGUUCCAUUUCAACGAUUGACACAACAAAGUUAUUAAGGCCUUCGAGAAAAGCGGGACAUUUCCCGAUCGUUGCGUCGCCAUCUACCAACAUUUUGACCGAUAACAUUGGAAAUUCUGCAUAUUCUUGGUUGCCUUGUUCGCUUUUUGGUCCAUCCCAGGUUGAAAGUCAUUUAAAAUUUGGUGUAAUUGGCCAUGAUUACAACAUAAAUUUGAAAGAUGUGAAAAUCAGAAGCGAACAUUACAAAAAUUUUGCUAAUAUAAUAAGACAAGCGCAAAACGUUACCGUUAUUGCGGGCGGUAUAAAUACAAAAUCGUUUAGUUUUGCUAACAAUUUGAAGGAUCGCGUUGGGCCAGAUAGCGUGAUUUAUGCAAACUGGGACGAGCUCAACGGUGGUCCAGUAAACUACGGAAUAUACGCACACAGUGCUCCGAUCAUUGGCCAUUGGACGGGAUACUUGAUGAAAACAUUGGCUGACGAUGGCGCAAUAGAUGUAUCGAAAUUGAUUGGUGUUGGAUUUAGUUUGGGUGCGCACAUAAUUGGCAACAUGGGGUACUAUUUGACACACAAUAAACUAAAAAUGGCACAUAUAAUUGCUUUAGAUCCGGCGUCACCGUGCUUUGAAGAUUGGCAUAAACUUCGGCCAGUUCAACGGUACGAUGCUAAACUAGUGCAAGUGAUUCACACAGAUGUAGAAUGGUUUGGUUAUGAAUGGAAGAUUGGCCAUAUCGAUAUCUACCCAAAUAAAGGCAGAAAUCAACCGGAUUGCUUCGGAAAUGAGAUGGAAUUAAAUUCAUGUUGGCAUUCUUAUGCAUGGAAAUUGUACAAACUAAGGGAUGUUAAAGCAGGUUGCGCCAAAAACUGGGACGAAUUCAAACAAAAUAUUAUUGACCAUACCAUUCCGAUUGGCCAGGAUUUAAAUUCGGAUCAUUCAGUUGAGGGCCGAGAUUGCACAUAUUAUUUGCACUCGCCAUCGCCAGCGGCAUAAAAAUAUUUUUUUAAUAAUUUAAAUAAUUCGGAGAUUUUCAGCUGAUUUCGUGUGGAAUGGUCGAUCAUGAUACAUACAAUUUUUAAGUAGCACAGAAAAAAGUU